UGGCUCAAUCCAUUAUUCAAGUUGGCUGCUAAAAGACGUCUUGAACAGAGCGAUUUAUUCGAUUUAUCAAGCGAGGAUAAAACACAAGCAUUAAUCGAUAGACUGGACAGCUCAUGGCAACAUGAACUAGAAAAGUGCCAAUCUACUAAAGGAAAUCCUAGUUUAUCCAUUACAUUGUUUCAUUGUUUUGGUCGGAAAUUUCUUCUCCUGGCUAUACCUUGUUCCCUUACUAUCUUUCAGCAAGCAUUGACUAUAGCUCAACCCUUAUUAAUCGGUGGUCUAGUGAAUUAUUUCACUUCUUCGGUAGCGAGAAUGCCUGAAUGGCAAGCUUACUUAUAUGCUGCUGGCCUGUCAUGUAGUGCGUUUUUGAUAACCAUGACAGAACAAUCUUACUACUUUGGGGCAUUUCGCUACGGAAUGCAAGUUAGAGCAGCAUUGUCAGCUAUCAUUUAUAAUAAGGCAUUAAAAAUUAGUAAUAUUGCAUUAUCUCAAACAAGUACCGGGAAUAUCAUCAACUUAUUAGCCAAUGAUACUCAAAGAUUCAAUGAUUCGACAAUGUAUUUGCAUUUUAUAUGGGCAGCACCUUUACAAUUAAUAUGUCUAACAGCUAUUCUAUGGGUAUAUAUUGGACCUUCCUGUCUGGUUGGUUUAGGCGUAUUAGCGUUAAUGAUAGCAUCACAAGCAAUCUUUGCUAAGUUUUAUAUUAAGUUCAGGCAAAGAUAUUUGAAAUUAGCUGAUAGAAGAGUAAGGAUAAUGAAUGACAUAUUAUCCAAUAUCCGUGUUAUUAAAAUGUACGCAUGGGAAAAUAGUUUCUCCAAUUUAGUCAAUUCAACAAGGAUGCAAGAAGUGUCCAAGAUUCGACUGGCUUCGUACAUGCAAGCAAUCAAUUUAGGCAUUUUAUUGGUUUCAACUAGCGUUAUCGCUUUUGCAUCUUUAUUAACAUACGUUGAGCUAGGCAAUGCUUUAGAUCCUUCCACUGUAUUUACAGUAUUUUCAGUCUUAAAUGCGCUACAAAUUACAAUUAUGGAAGGUAUACCUGAAUCGAUACGUAGUUUUGCUGAUCUACGUUUAUCAUUGAAAAGAAUUGAGAAAUAUUUAUUAUUAGAUGAAGUAACCGUUGUCGAAAGUGAAAUUCCACGAUCUGAAUCAUUUUAUCGGUCGCCACCUUAUCGAAUUGAAGCAGAUAAUAUCUCAGCUUCAUGGAACACUUAUGAUGAAGUCCUUACCAAUGUAUCGUUUUCAGUUAAGCCUAAAGAACUUUGUGCUAUUGUUGGAUCAGUUGGUUGUGGUAAAAGUUCGCUAUUAAUGGCGAUUAUGAGAGAGCUGCAGAUUACUCGAGGCAGUUUAAACUGCAAUGGAAGUAUUGUUUAUUUGUCUCAACAGCCAUGGAUAUUUGCGGGUACCGUACGUGAAAACAUCUUGUUUGGUCGAGACUAUAAUCAGGAAAAAUAUGAUCAGGUCAUCGAAGUUUGCGCGUUAACUAAGGACUUACUAAGAUUAAGUGAUGGCGAUCUUACUUUCGUUGGCGAACGCGGAGUUCAUCUGAGUGGUGGUCAGCGGGCCAGGGUUAGCCUAGCAAGAGCUGUCUAUUCCGAAGCUGAUAUUUAUAUCUUUGAUGAUCCAUUAAGUGCAGUCGAUCCAUAUGUUGCAAAGCAUAUAUACGAAAAGUGUAUUCGCCGAUACUUAUACAAUCGAUGUCGUAUAUUAGUAACCCAUCAAGUUCAGCUAUUAAAUCGAGCUGAUAAAAUUAUUGUCAUCAGUAAUGGUACUAUUGCCGCCAUGGGUUCCUAUAAAUCUCUUCUGCAAAGUAGUCGCAAUUUUGUUGAGUUGUUACCUCCGUCGGAUGAAGAUAGUAAUAAUAAAUGUGCCGAAAGUGAUGGAUAUGACAGCAACAGCUAUCUUGGCGUUACAAAAAGUUAUUCUAGCUUGUCUAUUGCAUCAGCAAGUAUGAUUUUUAAUGCAGAUGUAAAGAUGGACCAAGAGGAAAGGCAGGAAGGAAGUGUCACUAUGAAGACCUAUAUACAGUAUUUUGUAUCUGGCUUAGGGGUUUUUGUAUUCAUUCUUUUUAUCCUCCUCUGUGUCAUAAGUCAAGCUACUGCUAUUUUUACGGAUUGGUGGCUAGCUAGAUGGUCUGAUAGCUUUUCUAAUGGCAGUUACAAUGAUUCUUACUUAUAUGGUAUUAGUAAAGACACAACAAUUAGUAUCUAUGGCGUCUUGGUUGUUGUUAGCACAUUACUAUCCAUAUCUAGAUCCGUUAUGAUUGCUGCAAUGGCUGUUAAUGCGUCAAAGAGUCUUCAUAAUCAAAUGUUUAGUUCUGUAAUAAAAACGCUGGUAUAUUUCUUCGAUACUAAUCCAUUAGGCAGAACUCUUAAUCGAUUUUCUAAAGAUCUUAGCUUGAUGGACGAUAAGAUUCCCUUCUCACUAUUGCAUCUAAUCCAGUCUGGGCUUUAUUGUGCUGGGGUAGUAAUUUUAAGUGCGGUAGUUAAUCCUUGGAUUCUUAUACCUGCUUUGUUAAUCCUGGUUCUAUUUAUAUUCGUGAGACGAUUUUAUUUACACAUGUCUCGUGAUAUUAAACGUAUCGAAGCAGUCAAUAAUAGUCCAAUUUAUUCACAUCUAUCAUCAACUCUAAACGGCCUUAUAACCGUGCGAGCUUAUAAUAAAGAAGAGGAUUUCAAGGAGACUUUCGUCAAAUAUCAAGAUGCACAUUCACAAGCUUGGAUUAUCUUUAUCGCCUCAUUACGAUGGAACGCAUUCCAUCUAGAUCUCUUGUGUGAUAUUUUUAUAACAUGCACCGCCUUUGCUGCGCUAUUAACUUCUAGAAAUGUCGAUCCAGGCGCAAUUGGUCUUUCCCUAAGUUAUUCUAUUCUACUGCUUGGAAAUUUUCAAUGGGCAGUUCGUCAAAGCGCUGAAUUAGAGAAUCAGAUGACAUCAGUAGAAAGAGUUAAAGAAUAUUCGCAAUUACCACCAGAAGCUCCAUUGCGAACACAUAACGAUCCGUCGCCGAAUGUCUGGCCCUCUAAAGGAGUGAUUCGUUUUCGGAAUUUACACUAUAGUCAUCAUGAAGAUUUACCGUUUGUGUUGAAGAGAAUCAACUGUAAGAUUUAUCCAAGUGAAAAGAUUGGGAUUGUUGGAAGGACUGGAGCUGGAAAAUCUUCAUUUAUGGCUUCACUAUUUCGGUUAGCAGAGCCGGAUGGAAAAAUUUUUAUCGAUGGUGUCGAUAUUUCAAAAUUAGGAUUACAUUCCUUGCGUUCACAAAUUUCUGUCAUCCCUCAGGAACCAGUCCUUUUUAUUGGAUCGAUUAGGCAAAACUUAGAUCCAUUUCAUGAACAUACUGAUAACGAGAUAUGGGAUGCUCUACAGGAGGUCCAUUUAAGUAGUUAUAUCACGGAAUUAUCUGAGCAGUUAGAUACCGAAGUCGCUGAAUCUGGUACUAACUUUAGCGUAGGUCAGAAACAACUUAUUUGCCUAGCUCGUGCCCUACUAAGAAGGAAUAAAAUCCUUAUAAUAGACGAAGCUACAGCCAAUGUUGAUUUUAAGACUGAUACUAUAAUCCAACAAUCUAUCCGUGAUAAAUUCCAGGAAUGUACCGUCUUAACGAUUGCUCAUCGACUUAAUACGAUUAUUGAUUCUGAUCGAGUCAUGGUCUUAAAUGAAGGACUUUUAGUCGAGAUGGACACUCCAUACAAUUUAUUACAAGAUGAGAAUAGCUUUUUCUAUCGUAUGGUAAGGAAUACUGGCCCAACUGAAUUUGGACGACUGCAUGAUAUGGCUCGAGAUGCCCUACUUACCAAAAGAAAU